AUGGAAUGGAUUACAACUCUCAUAUCAGAAAUCUAUACAUACCUUGAAUACCGUGAUGAUACAGGUAUUGAUCGUCUCAAUCGUUUAUACACAGUUGCAGUUCUAUCGGCAUUCGUAACACUGAUCACGACUCAACAAUACGUUGUCGGUGAUCCAAUUCUCUGUUGGGUGCCAAAAGAUGUUCCCGAGUCCAAUUCAAAGUUUGCACAUGACACUUGCUGGCUAGGUCAUACGAAUUACUAUGUAUCACAGAAUGCGACUAGUUUAGAACAUCCAUCUAUUCCACGAACUUCCCCGUUUACUAUCUAUCCAUGGUUGCCAGUCGCUCUUAUUGGCAUGACAGCAUCAAUAUAA